AUGAAUAUAGAACAACGAUUACAUUAUGUUAGCGAGUUAAAGAUAGCGCUGUUAGAAGAAAACAGUCAACAGGAUACCCUACUACAGAAUCAACAGCAGAUGCGGAUACGCGCUAGUUUCGUAGUCGCCCUGCAAGUUGCUACAUCCUCAAUGUCACUAUCGGAUGGAGAAAUAGUAAAAAGAUGCAUUGUAGCGAUGGUACAGGAUAUGGAUCCUAAUGUAGCCGAUAUCUGCAAGCGCGUCCCUUUGUCUCUGCGCACUAUUACAAGAAGAGUGAACCAGAUGGCACAAGAUACGACAAUGCAGCUGCAAGAUGCUUGCAAUAAAUUUAUAACAUUUUCAUUGGCGCUGGAUGAAAGCGUGGACACUUCGGGUACACCGCAGCUCGCCAUUUUUAUUCGCGGUGUAGACGAGAAAUUGCACGUGACUGAAGAAUUAUUAGAUAUAGUCACAUUAAAAGAAACCGUAUUAGGAGAAGAUGUUUUCGCAAGUGUGGAACACGCAGUAGAGAGUAACAAUUUGGAUUGGAAGGGUUUGGUAUCGGUGGCAACCGAUGGGGUCCCUGUUAUGGUUGGAGAGAGGAAUGGAUUCAUCGGUCGCUUAAGAAGAAAAAUGAGUAGUACUUAUGACAAAAAUAUAAUUGCAAUUCAUUGUUUAAUACACCAACAAAAUUUAUGUGCUAAAAGUAUAGCUUUACAAAAUGUUAUGUCUGUAAUUGUACGUGUCACAAAUUACAUCAGAAAUCACGGACACACACGUCGUCAAUUUCGGACUUUUUUAGAAGAAUUGCAUUCCGCGUACGGUGAACUACCAUACCACACAGAAGUAAGGUGGUGA